AUGAGGGGACAUCGACGUGAAAUAAGCGACUCACAUAUGCCACUUCGCCAGUCAGAAGUUCAAUCUAAUUUUGAUGGACAGGAACUUCAAGUUAGAGUAGAGUCUCCUCGCCCUUGCAGCUCUGUAAACAUUAGAAAUUGUAUUCAACUUAAUGGGGAUAUUACAACAAAUACUUCACAUUUACAGCAACAACAAAAACAUUUAAUGAUGGAAUCGAGUUCUCCCAUUUCUAGACAAACAACAAAUAAUAAUAGAGACAGAAUUAACAAUAACACAACAGUCAAACAAACAACCACAUAUUAUUCAACACGGACUGGGACCUUCUGUUCAGAACUUGUAAAAACAUUUGUAGCCUUUCUCUGUUUGACAGUUUCUGCAUUCCUUAAUUUUUUUCUUCUAACAAUUAUUCACGAUAUUGUGCCGAGGGUGCCGUUAAAUGAUCUGGUUUGGUUUAUAGUUCCACAACAAAGUUGGGCUUGGCCUGUAGGGGAUGUUCUUUCUACUGUCAAUUCUAUUGUUGGAUUUGCCAUUGUAAUGUUACACAGUCAUCGCUUAGUUAUUUUAAGAAGAGUUUUUUUAAUUGCUGCAAUUCUUUACGGUUUAAGAGCUAUAGUUUUGGGAGUUACCUUCUUGCCGCCGUCCUUUGAAAAUCGUGAUACCAUUUGUAGACCUCAAAUGAAUGGAACUUCAAUGUAUGCAGACGAAAUAAUGGCUAGAUUUGUUACUUAUGUUGUUACGCUUGGAUUGACUUCUAGUCAACCAGAAAUUCUUUGCGGUGAUUUAAUGUUUAGUGGGCACACUGUUGUUUUAAGCAUAAUGUAUUUUACUCAAUUGCGUUAUAGUCCUAGAGGAUUGUUUUUAAUUAGAUGGAUAGCCCUUCCAGUGACAUUUUUGGGUAUCGGGGCUUUGGUGUUGAGCGGUGGACAUUACACAAUGGACGUAUUAAUUGCAUAUUGGCUUACUUCUCACGUCUUUUGGGCUUAUCACCAAAUGUUUGAAUGUCCCAGACAUCGAAGACCUAAAGCGCCGCUUUCAAAUAUUUGGUGGUUUUGGCUCUGUUAUUGGUUUGAAAACGAAGUACCCGAUACUGGACCUUUAAAAAACGAGUGGAAUUGGCCUUUUUCUGGACCUAGAUGUUUGCAUCGAUUAAUGGCAAAAUUAAAUUGUAAAUUGAAAUAA